AUGCAGCAGCAUGUGCCGGCGCCGGCCAAGGCUGAGGCCCAAGGCCCCAGUCGCCAAUCGCCCGUUGUCGUCCUGACCGACAGCCUGGAAAAGCCCUCGCUGGACGACCGCGAUUACCGGGUCGUACGCCUGGACAACGAGCUCGAGGCUCUGCUGGUUCACGAUCCCGAGACGGACAAGGCCAGCGCCGCCCUUGACGUCAAUGUGGGCAACUUCAGUGAUGAGGAUGGAAUGCCGGGCAUGGCACACGCCGUUGAGCAUCUCCUGUUCAUGGGCACGAAGAAGUUCCCCAUCGAGAAUGAGUACAGCCAAUACCUCUCUGCCAACUCCGGCAGCUCCAAUGCGUAUACAGCCGCCACAUCGACCAACUACUACUUCGACGUCGCUGCCAAACCGGCCAAUGACCAAGACCCGUCAGAUACCAAUCCCUCGCCACUCCGUGAGGCCCUCGAUCGCUUUGCGCAGUUCUUUAUAGAGCCGCUCUUUUUGUCCAGCACCUUGGACAGGGAGCUUAAAGCUGUUGACUCGGAGAACAAGAAGAAUCUGCAAAAUGACACUUGGCGCUUGCACCAGCUCGACAAGUCUCUGUCAAACCCUAAGCACCCUUACUGCCACUUUUCCACUGGCAAUCUAGAGGUGCUCAAGACUCUCCCUGAAGCCAGUGGGGUCAAUGUCAGAGACAAAUUCAUCGAGUUUCAUGCUAAGCACUACUCGGCCAAUCGUAUGAAGCUCGUCAUCUUGGGUCGAGAGCCUCUUGAUGUGCUCCAGAAAUGGACAGUCGAGUUCUUCUCUGGCAUUGCCAACAAGAAUCUAGCCCCCAACAGAUGGACAGAUGAGCUUCCAUUCCGAGAGAGCGACAUCGGUAUUCAGUGGUUCGCAAAGCCAGUCAUGGACACCAGGGAGCUGAACCUGUGCUUCCCCUUCAUUGACGAGGAGCACUUGUACGAGUCCCAACCUAGUCGAUAUUGCUCUCACCUCAUUGGCCAUGAGGGACCCGGCAGUAUCAUGUCAUAUAUCAAAAACAAGGGCUGGGCUAAUAGCCUAUCUGCCGGCGCUUACCCAAUCUGCCCCGGCACGCCAGGUGUCUUUGAAGUCCAGAUCCGACUGACUGAAGAGGGCCUUAAAGUAUACCCUCAAAUUAUCAACAUCUUUUUCCAGUACAUAGCUCUCCUGCGCGAGGCUCCUCCUCAGGAAUGGAUUUUCCAGGAGCAAAAGGGCAUGGCCGACGUGGACUUCAAGUUCAGACAAAAGACUCCAGCUAGCCGGUUUACCAGCAGAGUCAGUUCUGUGAUGCAAAAGCCUUUGCCGCGAGAGUGGCUGUUGAGUGCCCACAGCCGCCUGCGUGCCUUUGACUCCAAACUUAUUGAGCAGGUCUUGUCCAAGAUUCAGCCAGACAAUCUUCGUCUUUCCGUGGUGUCACGCACUUUCCCGGGCACUUGGGACAAGAAGGAGAAGUGGUAUGGUACAGAGUAUUCGUGUGAACAGAUUCCAGCGGAUCUUAUGGAUGAUUGGAGGCGUGCCAUGGCUAUUCCCAGCCACAACCGACUGCCAGAGCUACACUUACCUCACAAGAACAACUUCAUUCCCAGCAAGCUCGAGGUGGAGAAGAAGGAAGUGUCAGAGCCCGCUUUGUCUCCUCGGAUCCUGCGAAACGACGCAGAGGCUCGAACUUGGUGGAAGAAGGAUGAUACCUUCUGGGUUCCCAAGGCGAAUGUCAUUGUGAGCCUGAAGAAUCCCAUCAUUUAUGCCUCUGCUCAGAGCAGCGUCAAGGCCCGACUGUUUACGGAGCUGGUGCGAGAUGCAUUGGAGGAAUACUCGUACGAUGCAGAGCUUGCCGGGCUUGAGUACACAGUAUCUAUGGAUUCUAGAGGCUUGUUCCUCGACAUUUCAGGAUAUAACGAUAAGCUUCCAGUUCUUCUUGAGCAGGUCACUGCGAGCCUGAGAGACAUCUCGAUCAAAGACGCUCGCUUUACUAUUGUUAAGGAGCGUCUUACUCGUGGAUACGACAAUUGGCAGCUCCAGUCUUCGUAUCAGCAAGUGGGAGAUUACACAUCUUGGCUCAAUGCCGAGUGUGACUAUCUGGUAGAGGAGCUUGCCGUAGAACUACGAGAUGUCACUGCGGAUGACGUUCGGCAGUUUCAGAAGCAAAUGCUGGCCCAGAUGCAUAUCGAGGUCUAUGUACACGGAAACAUGUAUAAGAGUGACGCCCUGAAACUGACGGAUAUGGUCGAGUCUAAUCUGAAGCCCCGCGUCUUGCCCAAGUCUCAGUGGCCCAUCAUCCGUUCGCUCAUCUUACCUGCCGGGUCCAACUACGUCUACAAGAAGACGCUGAAAGACCCCGCAAACGUCAACCACUGCGUUGAAACAUGGCUAUAUGUUGGCGACAGGGGCGACCGAGUACUUCGCGCAAAAACUCUCCUUAUUGACCAAAUGAUGCACGAGCCCGCAUUCGACCAGCUCAGGACGAAAGAGCAGCUUGGAUACAUUGUCUUUGCCAGCAUCCGGAAUUUCGCCACCACCUGCGGCUUCCGCUUCUUGAUUCAGAGCGAGAGGACUCCCGAUUACCUGGAUAGGCGCAUCGAGGCCUUUUUGGUCCGAUUUGGAGAGACUCUCCAGAAGAUGACGGAUACUGAGUUUGAGGGCCACAAGCGAAGCUUGGUUAUCAAGAGACUCGAAAAGCUGCGUAAUCUCGAUCAAGAGACUUCAAGACAUUGGGCCCAUAUUUCUAAUGAAUACUAUGACUUUGAGCAAGCCCAGGAAGAUGCUGCCCACGUGAAGCCACUCACAAAGGCCGAAAUGCUGAGCUUCUUCGACAAAUACUUUAGCCCAUCUUCCACUAGUCGAGCCCGCCUUUCAGUUCACUUGUAUGCUAGGGGAUCCAGCGAAGUGGAUUUGAAGAUUGAGCUGGGGCUGCCUCAAACCUCUCCUGAAGUUGAGGGAACAGCUAGCGACAUUGCAUCAGCCAUAGACGCGGCAGUAGAGAUUACCGACGGCCGACAGUACAAGGCUGGUCUUCAGGCAAGCUCUGGUGCUCGCCCCGUUAAGGAGCUUACCGAGUUCGAGGAGGCUGAUUCAAAGCUUUGA